AAUAUAAGGAGCUGCCCAGAAGAGUCAGCCUAUGUUACCCGCGUUGGCCAUGGGAACUGUGGCAGCCAUGAGGUGGGAACGAGUGGUCUUGUUUUUCCUGACUGUGUCUGUUGGGAUUGAAGUCAAGGCCAGACUGGUCAGCAACCAUGUCGGCAGCAUCUGCAGUACGUGGGGCAGAGAACACUUCAAGACAUUCGACGGAGACGUUUACCAGUUCUCCGGCACGUGCGAGUAUAACCUCGCUUCGGAUUGUCACGAGGCUAUGCAAGAGUUCUCGGUGCAUAUGAGGAGGGAGCAGAAUGAUGGCAACCCCACUGUGGCCUACCUGGUGGUCACCAUCAAUGACCUGGCGUUCCGUCUUACCAAGGAAGUGGUCACUGUUAACGGCCAGAUAAUUGAAAUGCCGUACUAUAAUAGUGGAGUUCAAGUAGAAAAUAAUGCUGUAUACAUCAAACUGCAGUCUAAAGUCGGCCUUGUUGUCAUGUGGAACGGUGACGAUGCGGUCAUGGUCGAGGUUGAUCGUGACUACGCUAAUCACACUUGUGGACUCUGCGGCGAUUACAAUGGCGAUCCUAUCUACAAUGAGUUGAUUUACAAUGAUCGAAUAAUCAGCCGCAUCGAGUUUGGCAAUAUCCAGAAGGUUCAUAACCCAAAUGAUGACUGCGAGGACCCCUUUGAGGAGUUGGAAGAUGUUCAAGCUGAGGAUUCCUGCGAGGAGUUUAGAACGACCUGCAACCAAUUGCUGAUUUCCGAGCCUUGGAGUGCCUGCACGCAGCUUAUCGACCCUACGCCCUACCUGCAGGCUUGCGUGCAGGACUUGUGCAGCUGCAACAACCACACAAACGACACCUGUGUCUGCAGCACACUCUCCGAGUUCUCCCGACAGUGUUCCCAUGCUGGCGGAGUGCCUCCCAACUGGAGGACACAAGACUUCUGUGCUAAGCAGUGUCCUUACAACAUGGUCUAUGAGGAAAGCGGUUCUCCUUGCAUGGACACGUGCACGCACCAGGACACCAGUUCUUUGUGUGAAGACCACCGAAUGGAUGGCUGCUUCUGCCCCCCUGGCACUGUGUUUGAUGAUAUUUCCAUGAGAGGAUGCAUUGAGCAAUCGGAAUGUCAGUGCAUGCAUGGAAGAAUCUACAACUCUAGUGAGGGCUAUCAACAAGACAAGGAGAUAUGUACGUGUUUUCAGGGCAGAUGGUCUUGUGAGUAUCUUCAGGGCCCGGCUACGUGCGCGGUGGAGGAAGGUUUCCAUAUAAGCACCUUCGAUGGCAAAUCUUACACUUUCCACGGAGAUUGUUAUUACACACUGGCCAAAGUGGAAAGCAAGGAUGACUCGAGUCCAAAGUUUACCAUCCAGGCGCAGCUGGUGCCGUGUGUAAACCAACAUUUUGACACUUGUCUCAAGGCGCUGAAAAUCCUGAUAAACAAUGACCGAAAUAAUGUGUUGAUGUUUAUUUCUGAUGGGACAGUCAAGCAGAACCAGCAAAGCAUCACUUUGCCGUACCAGACAGCCGACAUCAACAUAUUCCACGCUUCAUCUUUUCACAUCCUGCUACACACCAGUUUUGGGUUGCAAAUUCAGAUUCAGCACGUGCCUCUCAUGCAAGUGUAUGUCCAGCUGGAUGAGAGCUACAACGGAAAGACACGCGGUUUAUGUGGCAAUUACAACCUGAUUGUGUCCGAUGACAUGAAAACCCCUCAGGGGAUCGUCGAGGGGACGGCCACUUCAUUUGGUAACGCCUGGAAAUCCAACCUCAUGUGCCGAGACAGCAGGGAAAGACUUGAUGACCCUUGUUCUCUCAGUCUGGAAAAUGACUUGUAUGCCAAGCAUUGGUGCGCCUUACUGUUACAGCCAAAUAGCACUUUUGAACAGUGCCAUUCCUUCGUGGAUCCUGCGGCGUACUACAAGCGCUGCACUUACGCUAGUUGCAACUGUGACAAGAGUGAAGCCUGCCUGUGUGGCGUCUUCUCUUCCUAUGCCCGAGCGUGUGCCUCAAAGGGAGUCUUCUUGAUGGACUGGAGAGCCAACGUGUGUGACAAAUACACAAGAACCUGCCCACAAACUCAGAUCUUCUCAUACAAGCAUCAACGGUGCGAGCUGACCUGCAGAUCGUUGAGUUCAACACUGCAAACUUGCCCAUCUGACUUCCUGCCCGUGGACGGCUGCUCCUGCCCCGAGGGUCAAUACCUGGAUGAACAUUCCAUCUGCAUCCCCAUAGAAAAGUGUCCCUGUUAUCAUAAUGAGGCCAUCAUCCAGCCUGGGAAGUCAAUCAACAUCAAGGAUGAACACUGUGUGUGCAGUAAUGGGGUGCUGCAUUGCCAAUCUUGGAGAAUCCGCUCAUCAGCAUGUCCACCACACAAAGUGUACUUCAACUGCUCCGACCCUGGCUCAGGACAACUCGGAGUCCAAUGCGCGGCAACGUGUUUGAAUCUGGACAGCGAUGAGUGUGACUCCAACGAUUGUGAAUCAGGUUGUCGGUGUCCAGAUGGGCUUUUUGACGACGGCAGAGGUUACUGUGUGGAAAAGUCACAAUGUCCAUGUAAACAUGAUGGAAUAUUCUAUGUUCCUGGAACACAAAUUCCAAAUCAAUGCAACACAUGUACCUGCAAAAGUGGAGAAUGGCAGUGCACAGACGAAACAUGCCCUGGAACCUGUAUUAUAUAUGGAAGUGGCCAUUAUAAUACAUUUGAUCAGCGGACGUAUGCCUUUCAAGGGCACUGCAGCUAUGUUGCAGUAAAGAACAAAUGUGGCAAUAAAACAGUACAGGACAACGUUGGAGUAAUCACAGAGAAUGUCCCAUGCGGCACGACAGGCACCACAUGCUCAAAAACUGUCCGAAUCCAGUUAGGGCGAAUGGAAAUCAAGCUAUCCAAAGGAAAGUAUGAGGAGAUCGAUCUGGGCCAGGGCAAUGAAAUAAAGUACACGAUAAGGACAGUUGGCAUGUAUUUGGUGGUGGAAUCUGUAUUUGGCAUGGCGGUGAUGUGGGAUCGCAAAACAACUGUUCGGAUCCUCUUGGAACCGCAACACAGUGGAGAAGUAUGUGGCCUGUGUGGAGAUUUUGAUGACAAUGAACAAAAUGACUUCACUACUCAAGGUCAACUGUUAGUGACAAAUAUGUUAGAAUUUGCAAACAGCUGGAAAACAAGCAGCAAUUGCCCAAAUGUGGAAGUAAACAGGGACCCCUGUAAGGCAGCACCUUCUCGUCACCACUGGUCGAAAAUGAUGUGCGGCAUUAUAACUGGAAAAACAUUCCAAGCAUGUCACAAUACGGUGGAUCCGCUUCCAUUUUAUGAAAACUGUGUACAAGACUCGUGUGCCUGUGAUACUGGAGGCGACUGUGAAUGUUUCUGCACAGCAGUUGCAGCCUAUGCUCAAGCUUGUAACGAAGCUGGUGUAUGUGUUGCAUGGAGAACUCCAGACAUCUGUCCCGUCUACUGUGAUUACUACAACAACCCAGACGAAUGCCGGUGGCACUACAACCCAUGUCAUCAACCUUGCUACAAGACCUGCUUGAAUCUCGAGGGAGUUUGUAGCAACCCCUUACCCAGCCUGGAGGGUUGUUAUCCUGUAUGUCCAGAAGAUAAGCCCAUAUUUGAUGAGGAUCACCAAAUAUGUGUGGAAGAAUGUGAAGGUUGCUUUUACAAUGGAUCAAGAUAUGAUGAAUAUGAAGUUAUUUACAAUGUGACUGACAACCUUGGAAUGUGCUACUAUGCAAUAUGCAUUAAUAGAACAGUGAUAUUUGGAAAUGAAACCUGUGCUACUACAACAGCGGCUCCGGCAACAACUCCAAUAACUGAAGGUCCAACUACCACAAUUAAAUUUACAACCACACCUGCAGGACCCAGCACAACAACUGAAGGUCCAACUACAACAACAAAAUCUACAACACCCUCAGGACCCAGCACGACAACUGAAGGUCCAACUACGACGACAAAAUCUACAACCAUACCAUCAGGAUCCACCACCACAACUGAAGGUCCAACAACUACAACCACACCUGCCGAACCCAGCACGACAACCGAAGGCCCAACUAUAACAACAAAAUCUACAACUACACCCUCAGGACCCAGUACCACAACUGAAGGACCAACUACAACACAAUCCACAACCAUACCAUCAGGAUCCACCACCACAACUGAAGGUCCAACAACUACAACACCUAGCACAACUACAAAAGGUCCAACUACCACAACUAAAUCUACAACCACACCUGCCGGACCCAGCACAACAACUGAAGGCCCAACUACAGCGACACCCGCAGGACCUAGCACCACAACUGAAGGACCAACUACGACAACAAAAUCUACAACCAUACCAUCUGGAUCCAACACCACAACUGAAGGUUCAACAACUACAACCACACCUGAAGGACCCAGCACAACUACUCAAGGUCCAACUACCACAACUAGAUCUACAACCACACCUGCAGGACCCAGCACAACAACUGAAGGCCCAACUACAACAACAAAAUCUACAAUGACACCCUCAAGACCCAGUACCACAACUGAAGGACCAACUACAACAACACAAUCCACAACCAUACCAUCAGGAUCCACCACCACAACUAAAGGUCCAACAACUACAACACCGAGCAAAACUACUGAAGGUCCAACUACCACAACUAAAUCUACAACCACACCUACCGGACCCAGCACAACAACUGAAGGCCCAACUACAACAACAAAAUCUACAACGACACCCGCAGGACCUAGCACCACAACUGAAGGACCAACUACAACAACAAAAUCUACAACCAUACCAUCAGGACCCACCACCACAACUGAAGGUCCGACAACUACAACCACACCUGCAGGACCCAGCACAACUACUCAAGGUCCAACUACAACAACUAAAUCUACAACCACACCUGCAGAACCCAGCACCACAACUGAAGGCCCAACUACAACAACAAAAUCUACAACGACACCUGCAGGACCGAGCACCACAAGUGAAGGACCAACUACGACGACGAAAUCUACAACCAUACCAUCAGGAUCCACCACCACAACUAAAGGUCAAACAACUACAACCGCACCUGCAGGACCUAGCACAACUACUGAAGGUUCAACAACCACAACUAAAUCUACAACCACACCUGCAGGAUCCAGCACCACAACUGAAGGUCCAACUUCAACAACAAAAUCUACAACGACACCCUCAGGACCCAGCACUACCACUGAAGGACCAACUACGACGUCAAAAUCUACAACCAUACCAUCAGGAUCCACCACCACAACUGAAGGUCCAACUCCAACCACACCUGCAGGACCUAGCACAACUACUGAAGGUUCAACAACCACAACAAAAUCUACAACCACACCUGCCGGACCCAGCACCACAACUGAAGGUCCAACUUCAACAACAAAAUCUACAUCGACACCCUCAGGACCCAGCACUACAACUGAAGGACCAACUACGACGACAAAAUCUACAACCAUACCAUCAGGAUCCACCACCACCACUGAAAGUCCAACUACAACCACACCUGCAGGACCCAGCACAACUACUCAAGGUCCAACUACCACAACUAAAUCUACAACCACACCUGCCGGACCCAGCACAACAACUGAAGGCCCAACUACAACAACAAAAUCCACGACGACAGCCGCAGGACCCAGCACGACAACUGAAGGACCAACUACGACGACAAAAUCUACAACCAUACCAUCAGCAUCCACCACCACAACUGAAGGUCCAACAACUACAACCACACCAUCAGGACCUAGCACAACUACUGAAGGUUCAACAACCACAACUAAAUCUACAACCACACCUGCAGGACCCAGCACAACAACUGAGGGCCCAACUACAACAACAAAAUCUACAAUGACACCCUCAGGACCCAGCACCACAACUGAAGGUCCAACUACGACGACAAAAUCUACAACCACACCAUCAGGACCCACAACUGAAGGUCCGACAACUACAACACCUGCAGGACCCAGCACAACUACUCAAGGACCAACUACCACAACUAAAUCUACAACCACACCUGCCGGACCCAGCACCACAACUGAAGGCCCAACUACAACAACAAAAUCUACGACGACACCCGCCGGACCCAGCACCUCAACUGAAGGCCCAACUACGACGGCGAAAUCUACAACCAUACCAUCAGGAUCCACCACCACAACUAAAGGUCAAACAACUACAACCGCACCUGCAGGACCUAGCACAACUACUGAAGGUUCAACAACCACAACUAAAUCUACAACCACACCUGCAGGAUCCAGCACCACAACUGAAGGUCCAACUUCAACAACAAAAUCUACAACGACGCCCUCAGGACCCAGCACUACCACUGAAGGACCAACUACGACGUCAAAAUCUACAACCAUACCAUCAGGAUCCACCACCACAACUGAAGGUCCAACUCCAACCACACCUGCAGGACCCAGCACAACUACUCAAGGUCCAACUAUCACAACUAAAUCUACAACCACACCUGCCGGACCCAGCACAACAACUGAAGGCCCAACUACAACAACAAAAUCUACAACGACAACCGCAGGACCCAGCACUACAACAGAAGGACCAACUACGACGACAAAAUCUACAACCAUACCAUCAGGAUCCACCACCACCACUGAAGGUCCAACUACAACCACACCUGCAGGACCCAGCACAACUACUCAAGGUCCAACUAUCACAACUAAAUCUACAACCACACCUGCCGGACCCAGCACAACAACUGAAGGCCCAACUACAACAACAAAAUCUACAACGACAACCGCAGCACCCAGUACCACAACUGAAGGACCAACUACAACAACAAAAUCUACAACCAUACCAUCAGGACCCACCACCACAACUGAAGGUCCGACAACUACAACCACACCUGCAGUACACAGCACAACAACUCAAGGUCCAACUACAACAACUAAAUCUACAACCACACCUGCAGGACCCAGCACCACAACUGAAGGCCCAACUACAAUAACAAAAUCUACAACGACACCUGCAGGACCGAGCACCACAAGUGAAGGACCAACUACAACGACGAAAUUUACAACCAUACCAUCAGGAUCCACCACCACAACUAAAGGUCCAACAACUACAACCACACCUGCAGGACCUAGCACAACUACUGAAGGUUCAACAACCACAACAAAAUCUACAACCACACCUGCCGGACCCAGCACCACAACUGAAGGUCCAACUUCAACAACAAAAUCUACAUCGACACCCUCAGGACCCAGCACUACAACUGAAGGACCAACUACGACGACAAAAUCUACAACCAUACCAUCAGGAUCCACCACCACCACUGAAAGUCCAACUACAACCACACCUGCAGGACCCAGCACAACUACUCAAGGUCCAACUACCACAACUAAAUCUACAACCACACCUGCCGUACCCAGCACAACAACUGAAGGCCCAACUACAACAACAAAAUCCACGACGACAGCCGCAGGACCCAGCACGACAACUGAAGGACCAACUACGACGACAAAAUCUACAACCAUACCAUCAGCAUCCACCACCACAACUGAAGGUCCAACAACUACAACCACACCAUCAGGACCUAGCACAACUACUGAAGGUUCAACAACCACAACUAAAUCUACAACCACACCUGCAGGACCCAGCACAACAACUGAGGGCCCAACUACAACAACAAAAUCUACAAUGACACCCUCAGGACCCAGCACCACAACUGAAGGUCCAACUACGACGACAAAAUCUACAACCACACCAUCAGGACCCACAACUGAAAGUCCGACAACUACAACACCUGCAGGACCCAGCACAACUACUCAAGGACCAACUACCACAACUAAAUCUACAACCACACCUGCCGGACCCAGCACCACAACUGAAGGCCCAACUACAACAACAAAAUCUACGACGACACCCGCCGGACCCAGCACCUCAACUGAAGGCCCAACUACAACAACAAAAUCCACAACGACAGCCGCAGGACCCAGCACGACAACUGAAGGACCAACUACGACGACAAAAUCUACAACCAUACCAUCAGCAUCCACCACCACAACUGAAGGUCCAACAACUACAACCACACCUGAAGGACCUAGCACAACUACUGAAGGUUCAAGAACCACAACUAAAUCUACAACCACACCUGCAGGACCCAGCACAACAACUGAAGGCCCAACUACAACAACAAAAUCUACAACAACACCCUCAGGACCCAGCACUACAACAGAAGGACCAACUACGACGACAAAAUCUACAACCAUACCAUCAGGAUCCACCACCACCACUGAAGGUCCAACUACAACCACACCUGCAGGACCCAGCACAACUACUCAAGGUCCAACUACCACAACUAAAUCUACAACCACACCUGCAGGACCCAGCACAACUACAGAAGGACCAACUACAACAACAAAAUCUACAACGACAUCCUCAGCACCCAGUACCACAACUGAAGGACCAACUACAACAACAAAAUCUACAACCAUACCAUCAGGACCCACCACCACAACUGAAGGUCCGACAACUACAACCACACCUGCAGGACACAGCACAACUACUCAAGCUCCAACUACAACAACUAAAUCUACAACCACACCUGCAGGACUCAGCACCACAACUGAAGGCCCAACUACAACAACAAAAUCUACAACGACACCUGCAGGACCGAGCACCACAAGUGAAGGACCAACUACAACGACGAAAUCUACAACCAUACCAUCAGGAUCCACCACCACAACUAAAGGUCCAACAACUACAACCACACCUGCAAGACCUAGCACAACUACUGAAGGUUCAACAACCACAACAAAAUCUACAACCACACCUGCCGGACCCAGCACCACAACUGAAGGUCCAACUUCAACAACAAUAUCUACAUCGACACCCUCAGGACCCAGCACUACAACUGAAGGACCAACUACGACGACAAAAUCUACAACCAUACCAUCAGGAUCCACCACCACCACUGAAAGUCCAACUCCAACCACACCUGCAGUACCCAGCACAACUACUCAAGGUCCAAGUACCACAACUAAAUCUACAACCACACCUGCCGGACCCAGCACCACAACUGAAGGUCCAACUUCAACAACAAUAUCUACAUCGACACCCUCAGGACCCAGCACUACAACUGAAGGACCAACUACGACGACAAAAUCUACAACCAUACCAUCAGGAUCCACCACCACCACUGAAAGUCCAACUCCAACCACACCUGCAGUACCCAGCACAACUACUCAAGGUCCAACUACCACAACUAAAUCUACAACCACACCUGCCGGACCCAGCACAACAACUGAAGGCCCAACUACAACAACAAAAUCCACGACGACAGCCGCAGGACCCAGCACGACAACUGAAAGACCAACUACAACGACAAAAUCUACAACCACAACAUCAGGAUCCACCACCACAACUGAAGGUCCAACAACUACAACCACACCAUCAGGACCUAGCACAACUACUGAAGGUUCAACAACCACAACUAAAUCUACAACCACACCUGCAGGACCCAGCACAACAACUAAGGGCCCAACUACAACAACAAAAUCUACAAUGACACCCUCAGGACCCAGCACCACAACUGGAGGUCCAACUACAACAACAAAAUCUACAACCAUACCAUCAGGACCCACAACUGAAGGUCCGACAACUACAACACCUGCAGGACCCAGCACAACUACUCAAGGACCAACUACCACAACUGAAUCUACAACCACACCUGCCGGACCCAGCACCACAACUGAAGGCCCAACUACAACAACAAAAUCUACGACGACGCCCGCAGGACCCAGCACCUCAACUGAAGGUCCAACUACGACAACAAAAUCUACAACCACACCAUCAGGAUCCACCACCACGACUGAAGGUCCAACAACUACAACGGCACCUGAAGGACCUAGCACAACUACUGAAGGUCCAACUACCACAACAAAAUCUACAACCACACAAUCAGCACUCACCACCACAACUGAAGGUCCAACAACUACAACCACACCUGCAGGACCUAGCACAACUACUCAAGUUCCAACUACCACAACUAAAUCUACAACCACACCUACAGGACCCAGCACAACAACUGAAGGCCCAACUACAACAACAAAAUCUACAACCACACCUGCAGGACCAAGCACCACAACUGAAGGACCAACAAUGAUGACAAAAUCUACAACCAUACCAUCAGGAUCCACCACCACAACUGAAGGUCCAACUACAACCACACCUGCAGGACCCAGCACAACUACUCAAGGUCCAACAACCACCACUAAAUCUACAACCACACCUGCCGGACCCAGCACAACAACUGAAGGCGAAACUACCACAACAAAAUCUACAACGACACCCGCAGGGCCUAGCACCACAACUGAAGGUCCAACUACGACAACAAAAUCUACAACCACACCAUCAGGACUCACCAGCUCAACUGAAAGUCCAACAACUACAACCACACCUGCAGGACCUAGCACAACUAAUCAAGGUCCAACUACCACAACAAAAUCUACAACCACACAAUCAGCACUCACCACCACAACUGAAGGUCCAACAACUACAACCACACCUGCAGGACCUAGCACAACUACUCAAGUUCCAACUACCACAACUAAAUCUACAACCACACCUGCAGUACCCAGCACAACUACUGAAGGUUCAACAACCACAACAAAAUCUACAACCACACCUGCCGGACCCAGCACCACAACUGAAGGUCCAACUUCAACAACAAUAUCUACAUCGACACCCUCAGGACCCAGCACUACAACUGAAGGACCAACUACGACGACAAAAUCUACAACCAUACCAUCAGGAUCCACCACCACCACUGAAAGUCCAACUCCAACCACACCUGCAGUACCCAGCACAACUACUCAAGGUCCAAGUACCACAACUAAAUCUACAACCACACCUGCCGGACCCAGCACCACAACUGAAGGUCCAACUUCAACAACAAUAUCUACAUCGACACCCUCAGGACCCAGCACUACAACUGAAGGACCAACUACGACGACAAAAUCUACAACCAUACCAUCAGGAUCCACCACCACCACUGAAAGUCCAACUACAACCACACCUGCAGGACCCAGCACAACUACUCAAGGUCCAACUACCACAACUAAAUCUACAACCACACCUGCCGGACCCAGCACAACAACUGAAGGCCCAACUACAACAACAAAAUCCACGACGACAGCCGCAGGACCCAGCACAACAACUGAAGGCCCAACUACAACAACAAAAUCUACAACCACACCUGCAGGACCAAGCACCACAACUGAAGGACCAACAAUGACGACAAAAUCUACAACCAUACCAUCAGGAUCCACCACAACUGAAGGUCCAACAUUUACAACCACACCUGCAGGACCCAGCACAUCUACUGUAGGACCAACUACGACAACAAAAUCUACAACCAAACCAUCAGGACCCAGCACCACAACUGAAGGUCCAACAACUACAACCACACCUGCAGGAACCAGCACACCUACUGAAGGUCCAACUACCACAACUAAAUCUACAACCACACCUGCAGGAGCCAGCACAACAACUGAAGGCCCAACUACAUCAACAAAAUUUACAACGACACCCACAGGACCCAGCACCACAACUGAAGGUCCAACUACAACAACAAAAUCUACAACGACACCCGCAGGACCCAUCACCACAACUCAAGGUCCAUCUACAACAACAAAAUCGACAACCACACCAUCAGGACCCACCGCCACAACUGAAGGUCCAGCAACUACAACCACACCUGCAGGACCCACCACAACUACUCAAGGACCAACUACCACAACUAAAUCUACAAUCACACCUGCAGGACCAAGCACCACAAUUGAAGGCCCAACUACAACAACCAAAUCUACAACGACGCCCGCAGGACCCAGCACCACAACAGAAGGCCAAACGACAACAAAAUUUACAACCACAUCAUCAGGACCCACCACCACAACGGAAGGUCCAAAAGCUACAACCACACCUGCAGGACCCAGCACAACAACUGAAGGUCCAACUACCACAACUAAAUCUACAACCACACCUGCAGGAUCCAGCACAACAACUGGAGGCCCAAUUACAACAACAGAAUCUACAACCACACCCUCAGGACCCUCCACCACAACUGAAGGGCCAACAACUACACCUGCAGGACCCAGCACCACAACUGAAGGCCCAACUACAACAACAAAAUCUACGACAGCAUCCUCAGGACCCAGCACAACAACUGAAGGACCAACUACCACAACAAAAUCUACAACCACACCUGCAGGACCCACAACCACAACUGAAGGUCCAACGACAACCAUGGGACCUAGCACAACACAUGAAGGACCAACCACUACAUCAAUAUCUACAACCACAUCCACAGGACCCAGCACAACAACUGAAGGGCCAACAACUAUAGUAAUAUCUACAACUCUACUCAAACCUACAACUACAAAUGAAGGCACAACUACGCCAUGCUUCUGCGUAAUAAAUGGCAAGCACUACAACCCAGGUGAAACGAUUUUUGACAGGGAACAUAUUGGAUCGGGAAUUUGUCUCACAAUGAUUUGUUCCAAUAUUUGUGAGAUUCAAAACAAGACUGAACCUUGCUGGACAACACCCUUGCCAAAACCUACCCCCAGCGUUCCUUGGUGCCCUGAAUGGGAUGUUCUCCAAAAUGAGACUUUCGUUUUGUGUAACUGCACAAUGGCGAGAUGCAUCGAGAACAACACGAUUGAAAUCAUUCCAUACGAAUGUCCGCCCUUGAAGAACAUCACUUGUGCCAAUGGAAAGGAUCCUGUUCUUGUUUAUGACAACAACUACUGCUGCCAACAAUAUGUUUGUGACUGUGAAUGUAAAGGCUGGGGAGAUCCCCAUUACAUCACAUUUGAUGGCCUCUACUAUAACUAUCAAGGAAACUGUACAUAUGUCCUAAUGGAAGAGAUUAGGCCAAAAUAUAAUUUAAAGAUUUAUGUUGAUAAUGUCUACUGUGAUGCCAUUCAUCAUGUUACCUGCCCACGGUCAUUAAUUAUAUCGUACAAAGCCGACGUUUUUGUACUCAAGAGCCAAAACCUUAUUGGAGCGUCAGAACUAGAGGCCUUCAAAGAUGAAAAGCGUCUGAGACUUCCUUACAUCCAACAAGACAUUGUGAUCUUCAGUUCUGGCAUUGAAUUAGUUAUAAAGAUCAUACCCUUAGAAGUGGUUAUUACCUUUGGUAUUAGCGACUUCACUAUCAACCUGCCCUCUAAGAAUUUUGACAGCAACACACAGGGCCAGUGCGGCAACUGCAACAACAACCAGGCAGACGACUGCAUGCUUCCCGGAGGCCAGAUUAUCCAGAGCUGCAGUUUGAUGGCAGACUUUUGGCCCGCCAAAGACAUCUACCAACCCAACUGCCAAAUACCGUCUGUGAUCCCGACUAACGAACCUCUGCCCCCACCCACACUGAUUCCAUGCAAGCCAGACUCGGAAUGUGAUCUAAUCUUGAGCAGCGUCUUUGAGGAGUGCCACCCCUUGGUCAAACCCGACGACUACUAUCAAGGAUGUGUUUUUGACAGCUGUCAUGUUUCCAACCCAACAAUAGAAUGCACAAGUUUGCACAUGUAUGCCGACGCCUGUGCUCAAGCUGGAGUUUGUUUGCACUGGAGGAAUCACACCACACACUGUGAAAGUGACUGUCCUCUCGACAAAGUGUACAAACCAUGCGGUACUGUUCAGCAGCCAACCUGUGAAGACAGUCCUUAUAAACAAAGGCUGGACUACCAAAGUGAAGGCUGCUUCUGUCCUGAUGGAAUGAAGCUCUUCAACAAAGACUCCGACAUAUGUGUCGAAGAGUGCGGAUGUAUUGAUGCUGGGGGUAUUCCUCGUGAGUUUAAUGAAAGGUUUGAGUACAACUGCCAGAACUGCAUCUGUGAAAAGAGCACCAAGGCCAUAACAUGCCAACCAAAGGUUUGCCCGCCACCGCCGGCCCUCAACUGCUCCGUUCCAGGAUUCGUCCUUGUUAACCAGACCAACCCAGCGGACCCGUGCUGCUCCAUUCUAGCUUGCCGGUGUCAAAGCAACACUUGUCCACACAUCGACCCUGAGUGUCCAAUUGGAUUCACUGUCAAUAUCAAUGUGCCAGAGGGGAAGUGCUGUCCCGAAUACACAUGCGAGCCCCAAAAAGUUUGUGUCCACAAAAACGCUAUAUAUCAGCUUGGUGAGUCGGUCCCUGUGGUUCCAUGUCAGGACUGUGUCUGUACCGAUCUGGUGGACCCCACAAAUGGUUUAUUACAAAUAAAAUGUGAGCUUCAGCAAUGCCAACAGCUCUGUGAACAGGGUUUUAGAUAUGCAGAACCUCGAACAAAUGAAUGCUGCGGAAGGUGUGUUCAGACGCAUUGCAUCUUCAACGUUAGUGGAAAUGAGCAGGUGCUCAGGCAAGGUGACAUUUGGUCCCCACCGAACGAUCAAUGUGAGCAUUACACAUGCGUGAGGAGCGGCGAAACUUUAACUACCAUCGGCACACGAAUUGUGUGCCCGCCAUUUGAGCUAAGCAACUGCCAACCUGACACCAUUCAAACUGCAGCAAAUGGAUGUUGUCAGAUUUGUAUGGAACAGGAAAAGGCUUGCAAGCCAGUGCCAAAUAAAGUGCACAUCACGCACAAGAACUGCCAAUCUACUGAGGAGUUAGACAUUCCAUAUUGUGAAGGAUCUUGCAACACUUACACAAAAUACUCACCGGAGACAGCCACGCUGCAACCUACUUGCUCUUGUUGUAAGGGGUACCGAUCUAGCAAUCGCACGGUCGACUUGCUGUGUCUCAACGGAGACGUCGUUCCUUACACCUACAUCCACGUGGACGAGUGUAGAUGUGCCCUCAGCGACUGCUCCAAAACUGCGGCAGCUCCAGCUCGAAGACGGCGAAGUUUUACUCUCUUGUAAUACCAACAUGUUGGCACAACUCCUGACAUUGAGCAUUAAAUAAAAAGUUAUGCAUCUCA